GUGUUUCUUCAUCCUCUACCUCAACCCCUCCUUCUUCACUUCUUGCCCACAUCUCCUUCUUUUGCAGCAAUUAUAUUGAGAAUCUUCGACUCUAGAGAUUCCGGAGGGAAUCGAUGGCGUUGAGAGGUGUUUGGCAGCUUCAAAAGCUGAUCGUAAGCUACUGUGAUUGGGGAGGGAGUAGCAGGGGCAUCAGGGCAUUCAUGGAGUCACAUUUGCCAACAUUUAAAGAGAAAAACCCACAGCUAGAGGUCGUGACUGAACUCAUUCGUGCACAGCAUCCACAUUUAAAGGGCUUUUAUAAGAACAAAAAUGAGAAGGUGAUAUGUGUUAAGAAUUUGACUCCAGAAGAGAUACUAGAUUACACCACCAGGCUAAGGAAUUCACUGGGAAGAAAAGUAGUGAAGCUGAAGACUAGACAUGUUAUCAAACACCCUAGUGUGCAAGGCACAUGGACAACGGAGGUGAAAUUUUGAGAUGCAGGAAUACUAUUUAGAGAACCUCAGCUUGAUUUUUUGUCGUUACAUUUAGGCAUCUUGAUAACAUGUUGAAAACAUUCUCUGCUGUGGUUGAGUGAAACUACUUGACGCCAUAUUUGUAUCCUAAUGUUAGCUAUUCUAAACAUGUUUAACAUUUGUAUUCUCAUUUCUAUUUAUUUUCUAGAAUAAAAAUAGGUUGCAUUG